CUGUUUCAGAACCGGAAGUGAGGGGCGGAGCUAUUAACACCUAGAAAUGGCGGAGAGCACGAGACAUAUAACUAUUCAGAAUGGUGACGCAUUACCUGAGCUGCAGCAGUGCAACAAGUGUUGCAGCAAUUAUCACUGCCCUUUUUGCGCGGCCAGCGUGUUUAAGCCAGCCAAACUGGUCAAAUUAAAAACCCAUCUUCAAAGCCACUUUAACAAGGCAGUAGUCUGUGGAGGCUAUACUAUACACAGAUGUGGACUAGGAUGUAGACCAGCUCUACAUCACCACUGUCCAUACUGUGAAACAACAAUUUUAAAGAGAGGUGAUUUUGAAAAACAUGUACAGGUUUGCAAAAAAACCCCUCCUCCAACUUCAGCCACAAUUCCAUCUCCAACCACUGCAGCAUUGACCACACCAGCUGUGAGAGGGACACCAUCUUCAACCACUGCAGUUCUGACCACACCAUCUCCAACCACUGCAGCAUUGACCACACCAGCUGUGAGAGGGACACCAUCUUCAACCACUGCAGUGCUGACCACACCAGCUGUGAGAGGGAAACCAUCUCCUACCACUGCAGUUCUGACCACACCAUCUCCAACCACUGCAGUGCUGACCACACCAGCUGUGAGAGGGAAACCAUCUCCUACCACUGCAGUUCUGACCACACCAUCUCCAACCACUGCAGUGCUGACCACACCAGCUGUGAGAGGGAAACCAUCUCCUACCACUGCAGUUCUGACCACACCAUCUCCAACCACUGCAGUGCUGACCACACCAGCUGUGAGAGGGAAACCAUCUCCUACCACUGCAGUUCUGACCACACCAUCUCCAACCACUGCAGUGCCAACUACACCAGCAGUCUUCUCAGGAAGGGUUUGUGUAAGGCCUGUGAUCAGAAAAAGAUGCCCAGUUUGCAAUAUCCUCAUUAAUAAAAGAAACCUAAAAAAGCACAUUGACCGCAAACACACAGAAGAGCCAAUACAGGACAUUAAUGCCACAUCCCAUCUUGAGAGCCAGUGCAUCGAUAGGACAAAUGGCAUAUUUACAGUUCUUAAAGUUACAAAGGGUCACAGUGUUCCUCUUCAUAUUCAGGUCAAGACAUGGGGAGAACAUCAUAAGGUCAUUUGUGAAUCACAUGAAUGUCAGGUCAGUAUGGAAGUUGCACAGAGAAGUGGCCUGUCAUCAUACCAGUGCAAACACAUCCGCUCUGUAAAUUACUGUGCAUCCUCUGCAGAACCAGUCUCCCUGAAAGAAGAGAUUUUAUCCGAGAUGGUGAAAGCAAAGUGGUUUAGUAAUGAAAAGAAGAAGAUUUGCCUUACUCGGCAGCAGCAUGCUAACAGCAGUCACAUACCACUCUCUGUUCAAACCUCGAUCGGCACCCCUGAAACAAAGAAGUUCAUUUCAGUAUUUGAACCCAGUGUCUCCUAUUACAGCAGGUUGGGGCGUGUAAUGGUUGUAUAUGACUCAAAAUUAAACACAUGGCAUUGUCCCUGUGCCAUAUUGAGGCGCUCAUGUGUGCACAAAUAUAUUGCAAAAUGGCACCUUUUUCAGACACAACGCGACUUGUUUCGAACAGUCUUCAGCAGAGAAGAAUCACCACGCAAAGAACCAUAUGCACAGUCUGAGAAGGAUUUCAGAGAAGACAAUCCUGUUUAUCCUCCAAAACAUCAAGGGUUAAAUAAUAUGGUAUGUUACAUUCUUCAGCACAAGAAGAUUCCUGUUGAUCUACCAGAUGAUGUGCGGGUACCAUCACCAGACAAAGAUUACCCAAAAAUCCUUUGUCCAGAUGAAUGUGUCUGUCAGAUUUGUCCAGGUGUUGUUCCCCUCAGUGAACCCAUCCUAAUUACGAAGAAGGCUAAAAUACUCACAAACUGGUCCAUAAUUGAAGAUGUUGCCAUUUACUGUAAGCAGUGCCCACUAUGUGGAAUGUUCUACCGUUAUCAGGAGUGGAAAGACCACCUACAUAACUUUGAUGACCACAACAUCCUUGCAAUACCCUUAUGCCUAACCUUGAGAAGCCUUCUUCAGGUGCAUACAUCGGUGAGCAGAGCAGUAAAUUAUUUGGAAGAUUUGACAGGUUUGAAGUUUCCGGCACCAGACACGGUUCUUCAUGCCUACUUGCAUUUUGAGGCCCUUGUGGAACAUGAGUACAGAUACUCAUGUAUUACCUGUGGUGACCAUCCCGCAGUUGUGAUAAUGGAUCUACACAAAAAGGGUGUUUUCCAUUUUUCUGGUAUGUUUAUUAUAAUCAUGUUCACUUCCAUCACUACAGCUCAUUAUGUUUUUAAUUCUGCUGUUAUAGGUGGUGCACAAAAUCCAUUUGCAGUUAAACCUACGUAUCACUUCUGGGCUCCUUGGAUUGGCAAGAGGACACGUCGUUCAGACAAUGUGCUAAACACAGAGUUUGAAAAAGUUCAUUCUUCAAAGUCUGCCUCAGAGACUGCAGAAAUUACGGUGACAGAGGAGAGGCUGAAAGAAGAACUUCAAAAGCAGAAGGUUAUUGUUAUUCGGAAACUAUGCAAAGAAUGUGGUCUGGACUCCACUGGCUCUCGGAGUGACCUCCUCCUCAGAUUGUCCAAUGAAAUGAAAUCGAGGCAAACAUAUGAUAAAAUCUUUGAAAAAAUCUGGGGUGCCUCUGGAGGCUGGGGAGUCAUCAUGUGCCCAUGUGGUGUAGUUUACAGUUUAAAAUGCAAUCUUCGAGCAGAAAGCCCUCGAGAUUUUGUUGAUCUUCUGUUCUCAUGGAAGCACAUGCCGAACAUUAUCAUUUAUGACUUUGCACGCGGUUUAGCAACACAUGCCAAUCUCAGGGCACCAGAAAGCAUUCCUAUUCAUCCACAUGAGGGACGCUUGGCAGAACCCACUCAAGAAAACAUAACACUUGCCAGAUCUGGAAAUCUGAAAGUGUCCUUGCCUUGGCUGGAGGAAAAAAAGAGUGCAAGUGAUCCUCAAGGACACCCACUGACAGGAUCUUCUGAUCAUUACAUAUUAUCUGACCGUUUUCACGAGAACAAUACCAAAGACAGUAGAGAUGUUCUGAGGAAGAUCACUAUAGUGCCUCAACUAGCUGGCAAAAUAAAUAGCCAGGUUGCAGAGCAACUGUUCUCAAAGAUGAGAAAAAAUAACUACUUCUUGAACAUGUCUCAGCCAUCAACACACCUCUUUCAAAUGAGGACCAUAAUUCACCACUAUAACGAAAACAAGAACAACAAAGUGAGGACUAGAUUAAUGAAGACAUUUGGAUCAAAAUUGGUGAUGAAUAUGCAUGGACAGGCUGUGCUGGAAAAUUCGGACAUCUCUAUAGACGAGCUAGUCCCCACAGACAUUGAGAUGGAGCAUGUUACCACGACAUCAAUGACAGUCCCAACCAGUAGUAAGUGUAAACCUGUAUAA